AAUCAUAUCUUUGACGAUAAAACAUUCAAUUGUUUAUGCUUAAAAUGGCGUUUUAUGUUAUAAGCCUAUAAUUAACUUUAAAAGUUAUUUCUAAGGUGUUAAAGUAUAACUAACGAUGGAGAAAAAUAUUAAAAGAGUUAAAGUGACAUGGAGCGACGACUUAAGUCAUAAUUCUGAGGAAGAAAGAGAGCGUGAACGACAAGCACAACUCGAGCGUGAAUUAGCCGCACUUCCCGUAAAGCCUGUAUAUGAACCAUCAGAGCUGAAGGCACUGGUCUCCUAUAUCAUGGAUAUGACAACAAUCUAUGACCUACGACCAGAGGAUUGGAACGACGAAGCAAAAUUAGCUAUAGAAGAAUGGAUAACAGAACCAAAAUCUCUCAUUCUUUGCGUGUAUUUUAAGGGCGAUGUGCUAAAAGCAGCAUCAGACAUUCCCCUAUCACCAGUGUACGACCUCUCUUACUUUAUAAGACAGCCUGAUUUCGUCUUCAAAGCGGAAAAGUUUCAUGACGAUAUCAUUUUUGGCACUUUUGUUGACUCUGUGGAGUCGAAUAUUAUCAAGCACUUAGAGUUGGUGUUUGCUCCGUUUUUCUUCGCUGUGAACACUUGGCCUGAUAGUGUCAAGAGCGAAUUUUGUUCACAAAUCCAUACGUUUCUCGCCAAACUAACAGACAUGUACUAUAAAAUGUUGGGACUGACUGUCCUUUACAUACCCCGGGAAGGUCAGAAUUUGACAUUUGAAAAGGCGAGUGCAGACAGGGAGUUAGUGAAACGACUCGAAGGAGUCGUGGUAUACUGGACACAUCAAAUCAAAUCAUGCAUUGAAGACCAGUCUUCGGUGGCCUCUCAAAAGGAGCUGUUAUGUCCAAGCGAUGAAUAUGACUUCUGGGUUUAUAGACAUGAAAACCUCAGUGCCCUGCUGUAUCAACUAAGGAAUCCUGCCGUUAAACAUAUAACAAAAAUUCUGGUUACAACCCAUUCGACAUUCAUCCAUCAAUUUCAAUCUCUCUGUGAUGAAAUAAAUCAAAAGCUCAAAGAAGCGACAUCCAAUAUCGAAUUCCUUCAAAUUAUAAAACAACCGUGUGCCGUACUGGAGUGUGUGGAUGAUCCUGAUGAGAUAGCCAAUCACGUUCCGCAAAUUAUCAAUCUCUUCAGGGUAAUAUGGAUGGAGAGUCCAUAUUACAACUCUGAGGCAAGAAUAACCAAUCUCUUCAAAGCUCUCAGUAAUCAGAUAAUAAUCCUUUGCCGAAAUUACGUAAAAUUGGACGAAUUAUUCGAAGGAAAUACUAAGAAGGCACUAGGUGAAUUCAGCAAGUGCAUAGAUUGCUGCAAACGAUACCGGGAGAUUUACGAACUGAUGGCCGAAGCACACAGUGACGUUAAUCCUGGCACUUGGGAACUGGAUAUUGGGGCAAUAUUUAAUUAUAUAGACUCAUUUGUGCAGAGGUGCUUCGACAUGUUGGACGUGUGUAACUGUAUGAUUAUUUUUGGAAGAAUUGAUGAACUAGAGGUAAUAAACAAGCCAAUGUUUGGAGGAGCACGUGGUGAUCAAUUCGAGGCGAAAUGUGAUCAAAUCGAACACAUGUUCCAAGAUGCCUUGGACAACGUGAGAGCUGUCGCUGACACUAUCUUGGACGUGCAAGCGCCUUCGUGGUACGAUGAUAUACUACAAUUCAGGGCUGUCAUCAAAGAUAUUGAGAUAAUUAUAGAGAAUCUAGUGGAGACGGUAUUCGAAGGCGUGAAUCAUGUUGAAGAAGCUGUUGUAGCGUUGUACUCUCUCCAUAAUUACUCCAAGCGGAAGAGCCUUAAACGAAUCUUUAAGAGGAAGACCGCUGAAGUUUGGGCGAUGUUUAGUGAUGAAGUGCAAGAAGCAAAGAAAGAUAUGGUUUCGGGCCGCGGUCAGUAUCCGACGGACUUGCCAUCUUUCGCAGGCAGAGCCGCAGUACUACGUAUGAGAAAGAACAGACUUGCGUAUUUGAAAAAGGUGAUGACGGAUGCGUCAGUGUGGCUGAUGGCGUGCAGCAAUUCUGAAGAUGUCAUUAUGCAUGUGAAUCGACUUAUGGGAGCCAUAGAUGUUGCUAUACGGGAACUCUUUAUAUCUUGGACGCAUAAUCUCGAUGAAAAGUGCGGUGCUGGACUUAACAAGACGCUUAUGAGGAAGAGCGCUGAAAACCCAGGUCUUCUAGAAUGUAACAUUGAUGUAAACAUCCUGGAUUUGUGUAAAGAAGCUCACCAUUGGGAGAACUUGGGAUUAGACAUACCAUUACACGCCUAUCAGGUGUACAAUAAAAGCAAGACAGUAUUCUACGUAUACGAGAGCGUACUGGCGGUCGUAAAGGGAUAUAAUAAGAUAAUUGACUCCCUCUCAGAUGAUGAAAGACAACUUUUCAAACCCUUAACUUCAGCCUGUGAAAAAAAGGUUCAACCGGGAAUUUUUAAACUUACCUGGACGUCAACAAUGUCCGAUGCAUAUAUUGCAGAUUGUGUACUACAAAUCGGAGAACUUCAAGAUUUUUUGACGACCUAUAAAAAUUGCAAUAUUAAUUUAGUUAAAAUCAUGGAGAAAAUUUGUGACUCGCCACUUAUUGAAUUUGAUAUUUACAAUGUUUUUGAAAUAUAUACACUUCGAGAGACUAUUCGGAACAUGGAAACCGAAGCGAUUACAAAUAUAUUGGAGAUGUAUAAAGAAAUAAUUGUUUAUAUCAUUAUUGUUUAUGAAGGAUUUGAAUCUUAUAUAGGACAGAUGGCUGAUCAUUGGGUGAAAUACGUAAGAAGAUUUGACCGUCUUAUUGAAGACGCCUUACGUUUAGCCAUCAAAGCUACUAUGCAAAAUAUGUACAAAUGCGUACACGGCGAUGGAACGAUGGCCCCAUCGCCGUUGAUAAAAAUGAGUUUAUAUCUAUCUGAUAAAAGUAUUAUAUAUCUUCCAACGAGAAAUGAAUUAGUCGAUACAUUUACAACUGUUUUGGAUGAGAUUGUGCAUAUUUUGAGUACUAUGCCGCGGCUUUUUCAAAAGUUUGGCCUCCCUGCAGGCGGCCUUAAGAACUUUAGUGACGUCAUACAGACGGAUGCUGAUACGAAUAAACUGCAAUCUCUUAUUGAUAACGAAGUUGAAUAUAAUCUCGGACUUAUACACGACCAUAUCCGAAUGUGGGAUCCAUAUGCUCACAUAUGGAAAGUCGAUAAGGACGAUUUCAUGGAGAAAUAUCGACAAGAAGGGCAUACUGCGGCAGAUUUUGAUAGGUUAAUUAUAAACUAUAGUGAUUUAGCCAACGCUGUGCAGAUACAGGAGACAUUUAAUCAGAUACACUUUAUUACACUGAACUCAAGUGAAUUGAAGAAAUCAAUAAUCGUACAUUGCUCAGUGUGGCAAAAGAAGUUAGGGGAAUUACUAAGAACCAUUACAGAGAGUGACAUUGACGUUGUUUAUGCGUAUAUAGAAAGAAGUAGCGUGGAAGCCAUGACUAUGCCAGCUGACCUAAAAGAGCUUGCGACGGCCAUUGCUACUUAUGAGAGAUUACUUACGGAAAUUGCUCCUUUUGAAAAGACAUUUGCUCCUAUAACAGACCAAAUGACUACUCUUGGUAAGUUUGAAGUCGAACUAAGCUCUGAUAUGGUAACUCGUCAUGAGAAUAUACCGGUGACGUGGGCGGAGUAUUUGAAUUUGUUGGAAGAAGCGAAAAAAGCACUGGAAUUGAAUAAGGAUAAAUUUAAGGCUGAACUCUUGGAACAAGCUGAGGUGUUCAAAGAAGCAGCUAAAGAAUUUUGCGAAGAUUUCUAUAAUACUGCUCCAUGCAGCUCUGAUGUUAGCGGUAAAGAUGCGAUGGCACAAUUGAAGGCUUUUAGGGAACAACUGAACGCGUUGCGUGCUCAAGAACAGCAAAUUAAGGAUGGAUUGGCUGUUUUUAAUUUGACGACUCCAGUGAAUUUGGACCUUCAGAAGAUGGAAAAGGAGCUGGAGAAAUUAGAAGAAGUGUGGGGUCUAGUGUAUCAAUGGGAGGAAUCUUGGGAGAAAUAUAAAACCCAAACAUUUUGGGAAAUGGAGACAGAUGAAAUGGAAGAAAACGUUAUGUAUCUUUUUAGAAAUUUCAAUCGAUUAUCUCGUCAGUUAAAAGAUAAAGGCUGGGAUAUAAUCGACACAACUCGUGUUAAAGUAGAUGCCUUUCGAAGAACACUACCUUUGAUAGGUGAUCUGAAGAAUCCUUGUAUGAGAGAGAGACAUUGGGAUAGGAUCAAAACGCUUAUGGGCGUUGAAUUUGACCAAAACUCUGAAGAUUUUAAACUGGAAUUGAUAAUGCGUCUCAACUUCCAAGCAUACGCUGAAGAUAUUGCCGAAAUAUCGAAUGCAGCCACCAUGGAACUUAAUAUUGAGAAUGGUCUUAAAGCGAUUCGCGAAGUUUGGAAGAACACGACAUAUGAAAUGCAACAUCACAGAGGCGACAUGUAUAGAAUUAAAAAUGUUGAAGAUGUUAUGCAGUUUUUGGAAGACCAUCAAGUGCAAUUAUCUUCUAUGAAGUCUACCAAAUAUGUUGAACCGUUCAUCAAAGAAGUUGAUUAUUGGGAAAAAUCAUUGGGCUAUGUAGCGGAGUGUAUAGAGAUAUCGUUACAAGUCCAAAGGCGCUAUCUUUAUCUUGAAAGUAUAUUUAGUGGAGAAGAUAUUCGCAAGCAAUUACCAAAUGAAGUGAAAAUAUUUGAUGAACUAUCUGCUGACUGGACAGAGAUAACCAGCAAUAUGUACGCUGGGACAAAUGCAAUCGAAGCUUGCUUGUACAAACCAGCCCCAUAUCUAUUUAAUAAGCUUAAUACAAUGGUUGAUAACUUAGAUGGGAUUUUAAGACAAUUAGAAAAAUAUUUAGAAACAAAGCGACAGUUGUUUCCUAGAUUUUAUUUCAUUUCCAAUGAUGAUUUAUUAGAAAUAUUGGGGAAUUCAAAGAAACCGCAACUUAUUCAAGUCCAUCUGAAAAAGUUGUUCGAUAACGUCAACAAAAUCAGAAUCGAUAAGAAUGCUGUUGGUCUCCCAGUGGCUAAAGCAAUGAUGUCAGAUGAUGGUGAAUGUAUAGAGUGGAAGUAUAAUUUAAUAUUGGAUGGUCCAGCAGAAGUUUGGCUUCUUGGUCUUGAACAUACUAUGAGAGUUGUUUUAAGGGAGAAUUUAAUGGCAACUCGAGCUGCGCUGAAGAAGUGUCGUUACCAAAGGGAGCAAUGGAUUAACGAUUAUCCUGGCCAACUAGGAAUCACUUGUAGCAAGAUUCAAUGGACGUCAGACUGCACGCGUACCCUAUGUCGUUGUGAGCUGAUGAAAGAGAAAAAGCCGCUAAAGAAAUUGCGCAAGAAGCAAAACCAAAUUCUCAGUACAUUACAAAAUAUGUCGCGAAAAGAGAUUACAAAGAUUUUGCGUUGUAAAGUUAAUGCUUUGUGUGUUAUCGAGAUACAUUCAAGAGAUACUGUUGAUAGGAUGUAUAAACUGGGUUGUAUGACAGUAUCGGCCUUUGAAUGGUUCUCACAGUUAAAGUUCUAUUGGGACCGGGAGCGGGAAGACUGUUUUAUCAGACAGACAAACACCAACUCGAUAUAUACAUACGAGUAUAUAGGAAACUCAGGUCGGCUUGUUAUCACACCGCUAACUGACAGAUGCUACAUAACUCUAACAACGGCGUUGCAUCUAUUCCGUGGGGGUAGCCCCCAAGGCCCGGCGGGGACAGGCAAGACUGAGACUACCAAAGAUCUCGGUCGUGCUUUAGCCAGAUGGGUCGUUGUCACCAAUUGUUCUGAUGGAUUGGACUAUAAAUCAAUGGCAAAAUGUUUUGCGGGAAUAUCCCAAAGUGGAUGUUGGGGCUGCUUUGAUGAGUUCAACCGCAUCAACAUUGAAGUACUCUCCGUAGUGGCUCAGCAGAUUCUGGCAGUGCUCUUGGCACUGUCUCUCUUCCUGAAAAGGUUUGUCUUUGAAGGAUCUGAAAUCAAGCUGGACGGCAACUGUGGGAUAUUCAUUACAAUGAAUCCUGGUUACGCGGGCCGGACAGAGCUACCGGAUAACUUAAAGUCCAUGUUCCGUCCGAUCGCAAUGUGUGUGCCGGACUCGCUCAUUAUCGCUGAAAAUACCUUAUUCUCGGAUGGUUUUACGGCUUAUAAGAUUAACGCUAAAAAGGUGUUUACGCUGUAUCAAUUGGCUAUGCAGCAGUUGUCAAAGCAGGAUCAUUAUGACUUCGGUCUACGCUCUAUGGUCGCGUUACUCCGGUACGCAGGAGUAAAGAGACGAGCUUAUCCUAACCUGCCUGAACAGGAGAUGGUGAUCCUGGCCAUGCGUGAUAUGAAUGUGGCUCGAUUGACAGCCAAAGAUGUGCCAUUAUUUGAUGGCAUCAUGCAAGAUAUAUUCCCUGAUGUGACUGUACCAACCUUGGACUAUGAGAUGCUGGAGACCGCGAUAUCUGCUGAGAUGAGGCUGGUGGGUCUACAACCGGUAAAGGCGGCAUUGCACAAGGUCAUACAGACGUAUGAGACCAAGAAUUCGCGGCACUCCAGUAUUCUCUUAGGCGAUACGAACACAGCUAAAACGGUCUCUUGGAAGAUGUUAGCUUUCACUAUCAGUCGUUUGAAACGUGAAAAGGUUCCCGGCUUCGAGAAUGUCCAAGUGCAUCCAAUGAACCCCAAGGCUCUUACCUUGGGUGAGUUGUAUGGUGAAUACAACCUGGCUACGGGAGAGUGGAAGGAUGGAGUGCUUUCGUCCAUUAUGAGGACGACUUGUCAAGACGAGUCACCUGAUCAAAAGUGGAUAAUAUUUGACGGUCCGGUGGACGCGAUUUGGAUCGAAAAUCUGAAUUCAGUGAUGGACGACAAUAAACUUCUUACGCUGGUGAACAGUGAGAGGAUUUCUAUGCCCCCUCAGGUGUCACUGUUAAUUGAGACAUUGGACCUUGCUGUGGCAUCGCCAGCUACGGUGUCUCGUAAUGGAAUGGUCUACAAUGAUUACAAGGAUUGGGGAUGGUGGCCUUUUGUGAAUUCUUGGCUUGAGACUAUCGAUGACCUGGAAUAUAGGGAGAUGCUUCGUCGUCACUUCCUAAACAUCUUAACACCGGUGCUGGAGCUAAAGAGGCUCCACCUAGUAGAAGGCCAGAGCGUGAGGGGUCAGGAGCUGACAGGUGUAAGAUCGCUCUGUCGGCUUUUGGGUCUCUUACCAGCCCCAGCACCGCCACAGCCCGAUGAGGAAGACAAUGAAGGGCUGUCAAAAAUGAGGUUUCUCUUUGCUAUGAUUUGGUCAGUAAGUGCGACCCUGGAAGAAGAAUCCCGUCGUAAGCUGGACAACUGGGUCCGAGAACAUGAAGGUGUCUUCCCCUUGAAAGACACCGUGUACGAUUACUACGUUGAUGAGCGGCUGCGGGCCUUCAAACCCUGGGAGGAUAAACUGCCUGAUAACUGGCGGUUUAAUCCUAAUUUGGGAUUCCACAACAUCCUGGUGCCGACAGUGGAAUUUAUUCGGGUACAAAUAAUCGCAUUGGAUAUGCUCAAAGCUGGAUAUGGUGUUCUGGUUGGUGGAGGGACCGGAACUGGGAAGACGUUCCUCAUUCAGGGAACUCUUGCUCAAUUGGAUCCUGAUAGAUAUAGCAUGCAAGUGAUUAAUAUGUCGGCUCAGACGACGGCGGCUAAUGUUCAAGAUAUUAUUGAAGCUAGACUUGAGAAAAGGACUAAGGGGAAUUAUGUACCGGCGGGAGGCAAAAGAAUGAUAGCGUUUAUGGACGACAUAAAUAUGCCGGUGCGUGAUGCUUACGGGUCUCAGCCACCUCUGGAACUAGUGCGCCUCUGGCAUGAUUAUGGCUAUUGGUUUGAUAGGCAGAAGCAAUGGCGGAAGAAUGUUAAGGAUAUGGUCCUUUGUGGCGCUGCCGGUCCUCCAGGCGGGGCCAGAUCCAAUCUGCCUCCUCGUCUUCUCUCUUGCUUCCACGCCUUCUUCCUACCCCCACCCACACAGCAGCAGCUCAUCAAGAUAUUCGGGACUAUGUUGUCUCAGCAUCUGUCUGACUUCGACGAGGAGACCAAGACUAUCGGUAAAAUAGUGCUGACUGCGACAAUAGAUAUGUUCAACAAUAUUGUGGCGAAGUUACUUCCGACGCCAAGUAAAAUGCACUACCUGUUCAAUUUGAGGGACAUCUCGAAGAUCUUUCAGGGUCUUCUGAGGAGUAACAAGGAUUAUCAAAACACGAAACCAAGGUUUCUUCGUCUUUGGGUCCACGAAUGCUUCCGGGUGUUUUGUGAUCGACUGACCGAAGAGAAAGAUCGUGAUUGGUUUAUGGGUCAAAUGGGAGACAUGUUGGGUAAACACUUUGAGCUGACCUUCCACGCUCUCUGCCCCUCUAAGAGUCCACCCAUAUUUGGGCACUUCUUGAAUCCAUUUGAGGUGUAUGACGAUCUCAAUGAUGCUAAUGCACUGCGCAGAUACAUAGCCAAUCAAAUGGAGGAGUACAACAGUUGUCCGGGAGUUGUCAAAAUGGACCUGGUGCUGUUUAAAGACGCGAUUGAGCAUAUUGUCAGAAUUGUCAGAGUUAUAUCGCAGCCAAGAGGGCAUAUGCUAUGUGUGGGGAUAGGUGGCUCAGGUCGACAAAGUUUGACCAGGGUCGCAUCCUACAUCUGCGAGUGCAACUCGUUCCAAGUGGUCGUAACAAAAACUUAUGGCGUCAAGGACUUCAGAGAAGACUUGAAGACUCUUUACACGACCUGUGGUGUGGACAGCAAGAAGACAACAUUUAUCUUCUGCGACACUCAGAUAGUGGAGGAGACAUUUACGGAAAUAAUUAACAAUUUGUUAAGUAGUGGCGAAGUCACUAAUUUAUUCAAACCUGACGAAUUUGAAGAUAUAAAGCAAGCCCUGGAGAAGCCGAUGAAGGCCGCAAACAUCAUGCAAACCAAUGAGGCUGUAUAUCUAUUUCUCGUGGACCGAGUGAGGGCCAAUAUGCAUAUUGUUCUGUGCUUCAGCCCUAUUGGAGAUGAGUUCAGGAACCGAAUCCGCCAGUACCCAGCGCUGAUAAACGCGACAACCACAAAUUGGUUCCUGGAGUGGCCGCGAGAGGCGCUUCUCGAAGUCGCUUACAAGUUCCUAGACGGGGUCGAGUUACUCGCUUCUAUUACUGGGCCUAGGGUGCGUCGAAAGGAAUCCCUUGUGGAAAGCCGCGAAGACGCCUUACGUGCGUCUGUGGCUUCCAUCAUGUCUUUGAUACAUUCGUCUGUGGGGAAAUACUCUGUGCGUAUGUGGCAAGAGAUGAGAAGAACCAACUACGUCACGCCCACUAACUAUUUGGAACUCGUAUCGGGAUAUAAAGAGAUGUUGAGACUGAAACGUAUUGACAUCGCGCUUCAAGCGAACAAGCUUCGUAACGGUCUGGGCAAAGUUGAGGAAACUACAAAAUUGGUUGGGCAGAUGUCUGAGGAACUCGCCGUUUCUCAGGUCCAAGUGGCAGAAUACACGGAGCAAUGUAUUGAGUACAUGGGUGUUAUUAACGUGCAACAACGCAACGCCGACGAGCAACAGCGGUCCGUGGCGGCCCGCAGCAAGAAGACGCAAGAAGAGGAAGUUCAGUGCAAGAAGUUGGCUGAAGCUGCCAUGAGGGAUCUGGCCAGCGCCAUGCCGGCUCUCGAAGAGGCUGUUAAGGCUCUAGACGCUUUGAAUAAAAAGGACAUCACGGAGGUGAAGUCUUACGCCAAACCGCCACAAAAGGUGGAGAUGGUUCUGGAAGCGGUGCUUAUACUAUUACAGAAGGAACCGACGUGGGCUGAAGCCAAGCGCCAACUCGGUGACCAAUACUUUUUGGACAGACUGCGCGAAUUCGACAAGGACAAUAUAUCAGAUAAGACGCUGAAGAAAAUUGGUACAUACACUGCGAAACCAGAUUUUGACCCAGAGAUUGUUGGUACUGUCUCUCUUGCUGCUAAGUCGCUGUGUCUAUGGGUACGCGCUAUUGAGAAGUAUGGAAAGGUUUAUAAAAUAGUAAAACCGAAAAAGGAGCGUCUAGAAGAAGCCCUGGAGUCGCUUCGCAUGAAGCAGCAGAUUUUGGCAGAGGCUCGCGCCAAGUUGCGGGAGUUGAGUGAGAUGAUUGCCCGACUUCAGAAGGAGUAUGACGAGAAAGUCGCUCAGAAGGAAGAGUUGGAGAGGAAGGCUCGGAUGCUGCAACUCAAAUUGGAGAGAGCUGAAGCACUGAUUACGGGAUUGUCUGGUGAACGAGAGCGAUGGGAGUUGACAGUAGAGCGGUUAGACAAGGAAUUUGAAAAUUUACCUGGGGACUGUCUCAUCGCAACAGGCUUCGUGGCAUACCUGGGACCCUUUGUAUCCGAGUAUAGGGAGGCGCUUAUGUAUGACUGGUUUAAUGAGGUGUACAAUGAAGGCGUGCCUUGUACAAUGGACCUCAGUAUGAAGUACUUCCUUUUGGACGAUGCUACCUUGAGAGACUGGAACUAUAUGGGAUUACCCGAUGACAACUUCAGUGCUGAGAACGGCAUAAUAGUGGUUCGUGCGACGAGAUGGCCCCUGGCCGUGGACCCUCAAGGACAGGCGCUUAUUUGGAUCUCACAUCUCGAGGAGAAGAAUGAAAUUGAGAUUGUCGACUUUGGUCAACCAAAUUAUCUUAAAAUAAUGGAAACAGGCCUUACUGAGGGCAAACCAAUUUUAGUCCAAAACGUUGGCGAAGUCCUAGACCCGUCUAUUGCACCCAUUUUGGAUAAGGCCAUAGUGAAAAUCGGAACUGCGCUUGUCAUUAAGUUCAAUGAGAAAAUGGUGCCUUAUAAUCAGAACUUCAGAAUGUAUCUAACUACGAAACUCGGCAAUCCUGUGUACACGCCCGAGACAUUGACCAAGACGACCAUGGUCAACUUCGCCGUGAAGGAGCAAGGUCUGACGUCCCAGUUGCUUGGCAUCGUGGUUCGCAAGGAGAGACCGCAACUGGAGCUCAUGAAGGACAACCUCGUCAUGACCAUUGCUAAUAAUAAGAAAGUGCUGAUGGAUUUGGAAAACGACUUGUUGCGUAUUAUGUACGAGUCUCAAGUGCCGCUACUGGAGAACGAGGAGUUGUUUGUAACACUUCAGACUUCGCAACGCACGUCUCUUGAAGUGAAGGAAGCCCUCAUCACAUCACAAGUCACGGAAAAGGAAAUUGAUACAGCCAGACAGGGGUACGUGCCAGUCGCAGUGCGAGCAUCAGUAUUGUUCUUCGCCCUGAACGACCUGUCGCGCAUAGACCCCAUGUACCAGUUCUCUCUGGACGCGUAUAUCGACCUGUUCACGUACUCCAUCGACCGAAGCCCCAAAGGAGGCGAAUUGGAGGACAGGAUCAACAACUUGAACGAGUUCCACACUUUUUCUGUCUACAAAAACACAUGUCGUGCGUUAUUCGAACGACACAAACUCUUGCUGUCUUUCCACAUGGUUUCGCGAAUUCUAUUCCAAAUGGGAAAGAUGAAUAUGAACGAGUAUCUGUUCCUAUUGAAAGGAGGUAUAGUUCUCGACAGAUCUGAACAACCUGAUAACCCUACGAAUUGGCUACCAGAGGAUUGUUGGGAUAAUAUCACUGAGUUGGACAAGAUUCCGGGCUUCCAUGGUGUCAUUGACGCUUUUGAAACGUUUUCAAAGGAGUGGAAGGAAUGGUAUCUUCAUCCCGAACCGGAAUCGCAGCCGCUUGUCGGCGAAUGGAACGAGAUAUGCAACGAGUUCCAACGUAUACUAUUCGUACGUUCGCUACGAGCGGACCGCGUGUCGGCGUGCGUAUCUGCCUUUAUCGUGAACACUCUGGGACCGCGCUAUGUGGAGCCACCAGUGCUUGAUAUUAAGGCUGCCUGGGAAGAAUCGACAUGGAAGACGUCCCUCCUCUUUGUGUUGUCCCCAGGAGUCGAUCCGACUGCGGCACUCAUCCAACUGGCGCAAGACGUCAAGAUGUUUGACAAGUUCCAGUCCCUCAGCUUGGGUCAGGGACAGGCGCCCACAGCGGCUAGGAUGCUCAUGUCUGGUAUGCGCGAUGGCGGCUGGGUAUACCUGGCCAACUGCCACUUGGCGUGUGAGUGGUUGGGCUCCAUCCGUGGCCUGGACAACCCGAAGAUUCACCCGAGGUUCCGUCUCUGGCUCUCCUCCAUGCCCGAUGAUAAGUUUCCUCUCAGCGUUCUGCAGAGAAGUAUAAAGAUGACCACGGAGCCGCCGCAGGGUCUGAAAGGUAACCUCGUACGGAUAUUCUCAAACUUGAAUGAGGAUAAAUUUGACGAGGCCACACCGAAGUAUCGACGGCUUCUCUUCUGUGUCUCUUUCUUCCACUGCUCUCUCAUUGCCAGGAAGAGAUUCAGGCAGCUGGGUUACAAUGCCGUGUACAGUUUUAAUGAUUCCGAUUUUGACGUAUCGGACAAUCUCCUAGCGAACUACCUGGAAGAAUACGAGGAGGUCCCGUGGGAUGCUCUGCGGUACUUAUUCGCCAUCAUCAACUAUGGGGGUCACAUCACAGACGAUUGGGACAAGCGGGUGCUCAUCGCGUACAUCAAUCAGUUCUUCUGCGAGGAGGCUUUGGAGACUCCAUUUUAUAGGCUUGCCAGCAUUCCUUCCUACCACAUCCCUAGAGACGGAAGCCUGGAGUCUUAUCGUGACUUCCUGGAUCUGUUGCCGGCCUAUGAAAGAGCUGAGUCUGUUGGACAACAUGCCUCUGCUGAUGUUGCUACGCAAGCACAGGAUGCCCUAAUAAUGUGUUCGACCCUAUUUGCUCUGGCCUCCACGGGCGGAGGGGGAGGCGGCGGAGGGGAAGACCAAAAGGUGGACGAGUUAGCAGCUGAGAUGAUAGUGAAGCUGCCGUCGAAGAUAGACGUGGAGACCACAGAGCGGAUGAUGGGGCCGGAGAUCGUGAUGCCCAUGUGCGUCUCCCUUUUGCAGGAAAUCGGAUACUAUAAUGUCCUUAUAUCAGGCAUCACUUCUGGCUUGAAGGAAUUACGUCGUGCCAUUGAAGGCCUGGUGGUGAUGUCUGAAAUGCUGGAAAUUAUGUACACGUGUAUUUUUGAAGGGAGAGUUCCCACUUUCUGGCAAAAAGCCCGCCCAUCGAUGAAGCCCUUGGGCGCUUGGUGUCGCGAGCUCUUCCUGCGGGGCGCGCACUUGGGCGCGUGGGCCAAUGCGCCUCGCUCUCCGCCGACCCUUUGCUGGCUCCCCUCUUUAGUCGCCCCUACGGGUUUCCUUACUGCUGUUAUGCAGACGACAGCUCGUGGCGAAGGCUGGCCCAUAGACACGUUGUGUUGGGAGUUUACGGUGAUGCCUUUGGAGGAGACUUCCUUCGUCCGUCCGCCCAGAGAUGGCGGUGUCUAUAUACGGGGUCUAUAUUUAGAAGGUGCUAGCUGGAACAAGAAGGAGGGUUAUCUCCAAGAACCAUUGCCUAUGCAACUCGUGUUUCCAGUUACACCUAUACACUUUAAACCAAUUCGUUCAACGGGACGAAAGUUGCGCAAUCGCUACGUCUGUCCUUGCUACUACUACCCAAAACGAAUGGGAGCCUUCGUUGUGGCCGUCGAUCUUCACUCUGGGAAGGAAAUACCCGACUUUUGGGUGAAGAGAGGAACCGCCUUGCUAUGUACUUUAGCGACUUAG